AUGCCGGGCUUUGAGCUGCUCUGGCGCAUGCAAGUUGCUGCUCACCCGCAACCCCUGUCCCCUGUCAGACACGAGAUGGCUCUUGGCCAAGAGUGGAGGGAAGAAGUGCUGUGGCCCACCUCGCGCAUCGCCAGCUCUAUUGUUGCGUGGCUCCGUGGGUAUGCUGCCUGGCGGUGCCCUGAGCUGAGGUGGCUCGUGGCUGGACAUUGCAGUGAGGAUUGA